AUUGGAAAUAGUGCUCAACAAAUAGAUCAGUCAGUAGUCAGUAUUUACUUUCCUUUCAACUCGAUAUUUAAAAAUGUUUUUGUUGAAUUUCAAAUACCAAGUUCUUUUGCCAGUUAUUAUUAUUUUGCUUUUGUGUCUUUAUGAGAAUAAUGCUUUGAAGAAAACUAUGAGAAAAAUCCAUUUGACUGUCAACAUGUUUUUGAAAAAGAUCACGUCUUGCUGUAGAAAUCAGGAAAAUCAGGUUAAAAAUGAGGAUCGGCCAUUGCCAACAGCUGAAGAGGGUGACUUGAUAAUUGCAGUGGAUACAGUGUUUGCAGCUAUUGGUUUAGGGAACAGUCUGAGAAGAGAAAGAAUGGAAACAAUAAUCAAGGAAAAUAUAAAGGAUAUUGAAAUAAUGUGCCCAGAUUCCAACAGCAAUUGUGAAAAAAUGGCAGUGGAAGUAGAAUUGAAGCAAAUCAUGACAAAGGUGUGGCAAGCUGAAGUAAAAGAGCAAAAGGAACAAGUGAUGAGAAGAAAUUCAAUAAAGGAAGUUGACUCAAAAAAGGGAAUGAACCAGCGGUCAAACUAUGGGUCCAUCAAUGUCCGAGCCCAUCAAUGUACGAGUCCAUCAAUUUACGUGUUUAUGAAUGUCUCGUGAACGUGUGUCUUUAAGCCGCUGAGAUGCCUCUGAAUCGAUGGCAGUCCUAGAAUCUUGGGGUAUGCUGUCUCCUGUCCAUCUGGACGUGUAGAGCUCGAUCACCGAGCCUACAUUCAGAUUGAAGAAACAUUUUUGAGGUAACAACUUAUUUCAAAUUAAACAAACGUCCCAGCAACUCCGGAUGUGACAGAAUAGGUUUUAGUGACUAUAGACUUAAAAAAAGGGAGGGGUGUAAAACAUGAACCAUUGAUUCAAUUAAAACGUGUUGAAUUAGAGUCUUUUUUGUGUUAAGUCGUAAUUUGGAAUGGAUAGAUUACAAUUCUAUUAAUUUGGUUUGAUUUUUGGUUUUAUCUUUACAUUGAAAUGUGAGGCCAUAUUUUCUCUGUAAGGAUCCAGCUGGGAA